AUGGCUCGCUCCGAAGAAGCACAAGCUUUUUUCCAUGCCGUCUACAGCGCCGUGCAAGAGAUUCCGCACGGCAAAGUCACCAGCUACGGCCACAUUGCAAAGCUGGUUGGGACGCCGCAACGGCCCCGGCAGGUAGGAGUCUGCCUCAAACACCUCCCCAUUGACCCGUCAGCCCGGUUCAACAAUGAGAAUGUACCCUGGCAGAGAGUGAUCAAUGCCAAGGGCGUUAUUUCUCCUCGAUCUCAGCCGGAAGGUUCACGCAGCCAAGCGACGGCGUUAGAGGCCGAAGGGGUGGUUGUUACAACGGGGGCGCUGGGAGAGCUCAUGGUUGACUUCGCAGAGUAUGGAUGGUUCCCAAGGAUACUACCGUCGGAGGAAGGAGAGGAGCUAGAGUCCACUGAUAGCGAGGAAGGCGAAAGCGAUGAGGAAUAG